AUGAAGCUUAUUUUAGAUGUUCAAGGCUUUAAAUUGGAAAAAAAUAAAUUCAUUGUGAAAGAGUUGGCUGGUUUUGAUGGAUUCAGAAUAUGUCACUAUAUUUUCAAAGCACCAUUUCCAUUCGACCAUUUAUCACCAGAUUUGCAGAGACAAGCUCACUGGCUAACUGAGAAUCAUCAUUGCAUAGCAUGGGAUGCCGGAUUCACACCACAACAUCUAUUCUGCAAAAUAAUGAUGGAUUUAUCAAAUUCUUAUGACAUCAUCUAUAUAAAAGGUUUAGAAAAAGCUAACUAUAUCAGACAGUUCAUAAACAAACCAGUUGUUGAAUUCGAUGAGCAGCCAACUUUAAGAAUGUCUCACCCAAAAUGUGUUAACCAUUCAAAGACACAAUGUAUAUGUGCACUAUCCAAUGUUUUUUAUUUGUAUGAACAUUUUAUCAUGACUUUUCAAUAA